CGCGAACCCCUAGCAGCAGGAUAUACGCGCGAGGCAAGGCGUCGCCGAGGCUAUACGAGGACAGCGACCAGAGGUAAUGGUCGAAAAACAACAACAACAACAACAACAUCAACGACGUCGUCAAAUCGGGAAGACAUCAGUCGUAUGUAAAGCCAACGUCAUAACCAGUCAAAAUAGGAGAAGUGCCUCGAAUCGACGAUGCACAAGAUGCCCGGUCAACUCAACGAUUUAAAGCACAAAAAGAGGAAGAACAUCUCUGAGGCCACCCCCCCCCCAAAGGGUUCCACCACAAGGAGGAAAUGCAUGAAAAGUCAGAAGACUCACUCGACAGCAGAGAGCAGCUCAGCGGGUGGCGCUGACAACAAAGUGGCCGGUGACGCAGGGCGAGCGUCUCGCAUCAGCUGCGAGUGCCUCCAGUCCACAGGCAGGCGGCGAUGCUCAGCAUCUCCUCUGCUGGACGGACAGGAGGGAAAAGAGAACACGCUGAGGGCGGCCCUGUUGCUGGACACCUGCGCAUGGUACGAUGUGCAGGACAGGUCCGAGCCUGAGGACAUGGAUUGUGACGAAACGGACAAAAACAUGUUCCCCGAUGACGACAGCAACCAAAUUCUUCCUGUGGAGCAGUUCUUUGGAAAUCUGGAUGCUGUACAGGAUUUUCCUCAAAGAACAUCAGCGACUUCCUCGCGUCACAAGAAGCAGCACAGGCGGCGGCAUUACGUCGCUCGAGAGGACAGCGACGAGGAUGAGGAGGAGGCGGGCCUCCCCCAAGGAGACAGCGGCGGCACUUUGUAAAGAGAGACUGCUCUGAUGGACAUUUCAGAACUCCAGAAGAAAAGUAUUUCGUCCACUCAGCUGUGACAAGCGCCACGGUAAUUUGAGCAAUUUUGGUACUGCGGCUGACGUUCGAGGAAAGAUCCAACUUUGACACGCGAGUAUGGCGAGCCCAGCCUUUUCUUAGCGCUGUUGUAGCGGACGAUCGGCCAACUAACCUCAAGACAAGCCAACGUUGCUUGGAUAGCUUCAAAAGCCUGCUGACAAUAGUUGCACCCGAUGACAUCCAUGACAUGAAUUGAAUCAACAAUUCUGCCUUGACAAAUAUUUUACGAAUGCUCAGUUAUGAUUGACACUGGUGCUAAUUUAACAAUGUUCAUUAUUAUAAAACCGCGGUUUUAUAAACAGUUUAUCUUAGCGAUUCCAUGAGGGAUGCAAAAUAAGUGCAACAUAAACAUACAGUGGUUCCACAUUCUUUAAUGCAUCCAUUUUCAUAUUUUUGUCAUUUUAACCGAUCUUCCAUUAUAUGCAGAAAACGUGCCUUUUUGUGGUUGUAACAUGGCUAUUUUUCAGGAAAAAUGUUGUCUCCAGUAUUGUUUGAUAUUUGUUUUAAUGUAGGCUCUCUUUAGUUGAGACAACAAAUGUGAGUGUCGGCCAUUAACACACCCGAAAACAUCUUACUAGUGGUCCGCUCAACCAAACUUUUGCAGCAGAAGGCAAAAAGAUCAAAAGUUUUGUGUAGACACGCUAAUUCACGCCUCCACCAGCCCCCCGCCUCUCAUCCAAUCACAAAUCUAAGAGCAGAUGUUUUAGAUUUGUGAUUGACCGUCAGCGCGAAAGACAAGAUAAGAUUGCGGCACCCAAGUUUGCUGCGGCUACUUUUGGCUCACGCCAGUUUUGCCCAACCAGGACUAAACAUCAAGACCAUCUGCCAGCUAUCACUUUUUGGUUUUCCCCUUUUUUUUAUUUUUUUAUUGCAAUCUAUCACAACGAAGCGGUAGCCAUUGUAUGCAACCGCGAGCCACAAAUCAGCGGUUUCCCACCAGCACAAGGCCGCCCCCUGAGUAUUGGCACCAGUGAUGCAACUCCUGUUAAGAGUUCAUUGUUUUAGACCAGACUUUACCGCUACAGUAAUUCUUUAUCCUUUACCUUAUUUUUAAAGGUUCAGUAAUGUUUGAAGAUUUUUGUUAGCGCUUAAAAUACUAUUAAAGUGUUUUGGGAUCAUAGUUUGUUAUAUUGAAGGUUUUAUACAGGCAAUUUGAAUCACUGAAAGGGGAGCGUCAAUUAUUCAUGGGAAUUAUCGAUCAGCGCGCAGACUUGGUCUCCAUUUCCCUCAAAUAGUGGGGGACCACUCUAUUGUUAAAGCUAAACCCCUCUGACAGCGUCAAUCAAAACUGAUCUUUUUUUUCUUCUUCUUUCCAAUCUUUAUCUUUUGUAUUGGUUAUCGCUAGAUUGUGUGGCUGUACCAAAUGAAUUGUCUUUAUUCCCCACAGCACUGUAUUUUCGAGUGCCAAGUUUGCAUUUUGCCUCAAUUCACUGGUAGAUUGAAAAUCUCUUGACAUCCACUUACUUAUUUUGCGUAUCUAACCAAUCCCUCAGAAUUCAAUUCUAUAAAUACACAGGAAAGCACACGUGCACAAUGCCGCAGUGUGUGAAUGUCGUCGUCGUAUUCAAACAUUCAGAUUUUCUAAUGUCAAAAAGCAUUUUGAUGAAAGACAUAUUGAAGGUGCUAUUAUUAAGACUUUGCCAUGUAAAGAAAAUGAAAAUAUUUGAAAUCCAUCCUGUAGUGUUUGGAAGCGAUGUAUUGAAGUGUUUGUUUCACACCAGCGGCCAAACUGAGAUUGUUAAAGUAAGAUGUAAUGUGGAAUGAUGCAACUUGAAUUCAGCACCUUUUUUUUUUUUUUUUUUUUAAACAUAGAAAGGUCCAUAACAAGUCGAUUGAAAAUGAGCAUUUAAUAUUUGAAAUUGUUUUGGAUUGUCAUGUUCAUAUUCCUUUCAUGGGAUUAUAUGCUGAGGCAGUUUUAACGCUGCACAACUGUGUGUACAUGUAUAGAUAAAACCAUUUCUCAAUGCAGCUCAGUAUACACCGUUGCGUACUCUGUCACAUUUUCAUAAAAAGUACACUUCUGAUCUCGUCAUCUGUGAGUGUCAUAGCUUUUGCACUAUAAAAUGAUCGCAUCUAAAGCAUGUUGAUCAGACCAUCUAGCUGUUUUAUUUAUUAUAUAUAUAUAUAUAUAUAUAUAUAUAUAUAUAAAUUGUUUAACUCCAUGCCUUAUUCAUGCUGAAUGCUUUUCUUAUUGUACAAUGCAACUUUCAGACUGAGUGAUUGUCUCAAACUCAGCAUAAGCAUUUAAUGCAAUAAACAUUGCCGUGCCAAGA